AUGGGCGUUGUAAAUCCUAUUGUCCAAGAUGUUAGCAAACACCCUGACCACCGUCAGGUAGCUACCUUCUUCCUAGGAUGGGUCUUCAUCACUGCUAUCAAUAAUAUGGCGACGUCGACCUUUCUACAGAACGUUGCUGCGCGUAUUUUCUCCCGCUCUCAUCGAUCCUCACAGAAAGACAAUCCGGAGAUUGACGAUGCCUCGGGGUUACUAUUCAACCUGACGAGCGACUGUCCCGUCCUUCUAUUCUUACUGUCAUUGUUUUUUAUGUCAGCCAGCAUUGCCUGUUUUACAUCUCUACUUUCUUUUCAUUCUGAGACGGGAGCUCUUUGUUCAUUUGUCGCGGCCUGGGGUGGAUUAUCUGUCCUGUUCGCGCGUGUAGUUGCAUUAUUCCUUCUUUUGUUUGCGCUCCGUCGAUUGGGGAUCAAGCGAUUGGAGACUUUCAUCUACCUUGUGUGGAUACUCUGUGGAUUAGGACUCGACUUUGUAAAUUAUGCUGUUGGCACGGGCACACUAACUGAAGAUGAUCACCUCGAGAUAUUCCUGUGUUAUAGGAAACAUGUUCUUCCAACUUCCUUGGCUGCCUCAUCGGUGUUCUCAUUGCUGGAGAUUUAUGUCGUUGGCCGAACCCUGGUGUUGACGCACUCACAAAGAAGAAGGGAGUGGCUGCAGAUCGUUCAGGCAUGCUCUCUAAUGGUUUUUGAUCUCCUGACAAUCGUGCCUUCGGCGAUUUUCAUUGGUGUUUUGGGGGAAUUCAUUCCUUUCAGUGUCGGCUCAGUCCUUAUACUUGGCAAGUCCCUCUAUCUGUCAACAGAGACAUCAUCAGCCUUUGACUCGGUAACCCCAUCCUCAGAAUUUUCAGAGGAUCUGCCCUUUGAAAAGCAUGAUGAUCGACAGAUGAUCCCUAUGCCUCCACGUAUGUCUAGAUUUCCCCUGGGACCAAUCACUCGGCCGUUGUCUCCGAUUGCAUCCCUGCCGAUGCAUCCGUAUUCAGCACAAUGCUUGGACGACCCCAGGAUGGUUGGAGAGAGAUGGUUGAAUGGUUACGACACUGUGCGUAGCAGUCGAAGUGUCGAUACGAGAACAGCGAGAAGCAUUGACGAAGCUGUUUUCCAAGUUGCACAGCGUAGCCGACCUUUGCCAAUUUACUGUGAAGCGAAGGGAUCACCACUGUCGGGUCCACAGACAUCAUCGAUCUCGAGCUCCAGCAGGUUCAUGGGGCUAUCAAUGGACAACCACAUUGCUCCCCUUGCCCGUCCACGUCUGAUAGUCGUACCAUCAAACAUGUCUGUGGAUCUGGAUGUGAAGCCUGACACACCGGUGUCAGGAAUGCGAGAUUCCGUAGCCUAUGACCCGCUUUUAAAGUCACGGUUUUCGGUGUCUACAGCUUCUAUGUCGCUGGUGACGACGUCGAGCUUGCUUUUAUCAUCCGAUAUCCGGAGGCAUUUGACUGGAAGUUCUGUGGGGUCAAAUGGGUCUGAAUCUGUGAAAGCACCCUCGAUGCUAGAACGUUCGAUGCAGUUUCAGGGAGCUGGGCAUUUGAAUAUAACUCAGAGUCGGCGGUCUAUGCUUUCUAAUGAAAGCAGGACUUGUUUUAAUAGCAGUCCCCAGGCUUUGCCUUGGCCGGAGAAGGAAACGAGACCGGGAGUAUAA